GGGGGUCAGUGUUGGGUCGUCAGUUGUCUCCUCCACGCAGAGCGGCCGCCUCUGAUUGGUCGCCUGUGAAACAUCUGUAUUCAGUUCCAGUGGUUCGUGUCUCCGGCCAGAAAGCUGCAGCUGACUGAGAGCACGGUGGUCAGACAGCGGGGCUUCCAGCGGUAACAGCCGGUAACAUGCUGCUGGCUCCAGGGCACGUCGCGUCGCUGCGGGUCGGUCCGGAUGUUUGGAUCUGGCUCUUUCGGGUUCUCUGACGCUGACAGGAGAACUUCUGGGGCCCAAAAGGAAGACGAAUGAAUGAGUCAGGAUUACGCAGCAGCCCGGUCACAAUCAGUGUCUCUCUGAGUGGGUUUUUCUUCCCGGGAUCGAGCCGUCCUCCCCGCUGCUGGGAGCCGGGUCCGCCGCUGAGGAUCCAGGUCUGCAGACGGAGGGUUUUUUCUGAGCGACGCUGCAGACACAAAGGAGCUCUCCACUCUGUUUUUCCUGUUUAUAAGGUGACAGCUUUCCCUCUGCGCUCCCACCAGCCGCCCAGACUGUCUGAGAGACCUGAUCUAUCGGACUAUUGAUAAGUUUCAAUCAGAUUUCCUGUCGUUGCGUCGGGAAGCUGCCGGGUUGGACCGAUGAAUGUUGUGAUUUAUUUAUUUUUAUUCUAAAGAGGAAGCAGAUCCAUUUGGAGCGUUUUAAUGCAAAGCCUGUGCAGGAUCAAGAUGCAGUUCCGGACGGUGCUGGACGUGAAAGUUGUGGACGUGGAGAAGAGGCGGAAUCCGUCCAAGCACUACGUGUAUGUCAUCAAUGUCACCUACUCUGACAACACGUCUCACAUCAUCUACCGAAGAUACAGCAAAUUCUUCGACCUGCAGAUGCAGCUACUUGACAAGUUCCCAAUCGAGGGAGGGCAAAAAGAUCCGAAGAAGAGGAUCAUCCCGUUUCUCCCAGGCAAAAUCCUGUUCCGGAGGAGUCAUGUGCGAGACGUGGCCAUGAAGCGGCUGCGUUUCAUCGAUGACUACUGCAGGGCUCUGGUGAGACUUCCUCCUCACAUCUCUCAGAGCGAGGAGGUGCUGCACUUCUUCGAGACGAAAGCUGAGGACAUCAACCCCCCAGUAGAGGACUAUGGAUCCAAGCGCAAGUCGGUGUGGAUGUACGGCUUUACAGACAGCCCGAGGAAAGAGGCCUCAGGGAUCGACAGCUCAGAGCCCAUGGUGCUGGAGCAGUACGUGGCCGUGGCCAACUACGAGAGGCAGGAGAACUCUGAGAUCAACCUCAAGGCUGGCGAGACGGUGGAUGUGAUCGAGAAGAGUGAAAGUGGUUGGUGGUUCGUCAGCACGUCAGAGCAGCAGGGCUGGGUCCCAGCCACAUACCUGGACUCCCAGAAUGGAACCAGAGACGAUUCGGAUCUGGCCACCUCCAGGACCGGAGAAGUUACUAAGAGGAGAAAGGCUCACCUGAAGAGGUUGGACCGCCGCUGGACCCUGGGUGGUAUAGUUAACCGCCAGCAGAGCAGAGAGGAGAAAUAUUUGACAGUCCAGCCGUACAUCAGCCAAGGCGCGGAUGAAGUGAGCUUUGAGAAAGGCGUCACCGUGGAGGUAAUCCAGAAGAACCUGGAGGGCUGGUGGUACAUCAGAUAUUUAGGAAAGGAGGGGUGGGCCCCGGCCUCCUACUUGAAGAAACUAAAAGAUGACUUCUCGCCUCGUAAGAAAACCAUAACGGGCCCCGUGGAGAUCAUUGGAAACAUCAUGGAGAUCAGUAACCUGCUGCAGAAGAAGUCCGUCAGCGAGAAGGACAUCCAGACAGACGGAGAGGGAAGCAACACGCCAGAGCGCCACAUCACCAAGAGCGAGAUCAGCCUGCCCAUGCCCUAUAACUCAGAAAUCAAUGCCGAGACGGGCAGGAGGCUGAGCGCCGGCCGGGACACCAACAGCCCCUGCCUGGGGAUAGCCGCCAGCUCUGCCCUGAGUGAGAAAGUCAGAGGGGAGCCCGGGUCUCCAGCUGUGGCACGAGUGGCUCCACACAGAGUGGAAAUUGGUUUUGAAGCUGUAGGGUCUCCAAAUCUGAGGCAGAAACCUCCACCGAGAAGAGAAGCCAACUUGGGUCUCCAGUUACCAAAGCCACCAGAGCCCCCUGCUGUGGAAGCAGAGUAUUACACCAUAGCAGAUUUCCAGUCCUCCAUCUCCGAUGGCAUCAGUUUCCGUGGAGGACAAAAGGCUGAUGUGAUAGAGAAGAACCCAGGAGGUUGGUGGUACGUGCAGAUUGGGGAGAUGGAAGGCUGGGCCCCCUGCUCCUACAUCGACAAACGCAAGAAGCCCAACCUCAGCAGACGGAGCAGCACUCUCACCCGCCCCAAAGUCCCUCCACCAGCUCCCCCGAUCAAAAAGCAAGACUCAGAGGAGGCCCCCCAGCCUCUGAACCCUUCCUCCAAAGCCACGGAGCAGCCCAGCAGGCCAGUGUAUGAGGAACCAGAGUAUGAUAUUCCAGCAGUCGGAUGCGAGGGUGAAUCUGACAGUGAGUUUCUGAAGAAUGAGCGCUCCCAAGAGGUGAAGACCAGCAAUGUUGUCUCUGAAAAAUACCACAGCUCCCCUCCGUCAAAUAAAGCUUCACCUCCGGUCUGCAAAGCUUCCCCAGUUUUUGCUCAUCGAAGAACCUCGUUCAGAUCUGUGGAAGAAGUCAGUAAGGAGGAGUGUAUCUAUGAGAAUGACGGCUUCAGACUGAGCAGUGGCGUUGAAGGAACCAGAGUUAAAGGUUCCAGUCAACCCAGCUCUCCAAGGAGCUACCAUUCCUCAACAGUCCCAAGGAAACCUUCUGGAUCUUCCCCUUUAGCUGGUCUUACCAGGAAAACGAUGACGCCAGAGAUGAGCAGAAGAAGCCAGACACUUGGCAGACAUGUAGACAUGAGGUCUCAGGACAGCAGCCCUCACUCUUCUUCAGACGAACUAGUCAGAGGUCCAAAGAAAAGUUCCACCCUUAAGCGGGAUAUCGAACCAGGAAUCGGUCAGAGCCCUUCCACCAGACCCAAGCCGUCUGUCAGACCUAAACCCCUCCUGACCAAAUCAGAACCCCAGAGCCCUGAAAGAAUGGACAUCAGCUCUCUGAGACGGCAGCUGAGGCCUGCCAGUCAGUAUCGACAUAUCCUCAAACCAACUCGCGGGGAUGACUCGGAGACAGCUUCUGUUGUAUCCUCAGAGGGUUCCAUGUGUUCACACAGUACGUCUGAUUUGUCUUCUGUAUACUCUAAGGGGAGCCGAGGGGACUCAGAUGUGGAAGGCCCUACCUUGUACCGCUCUGUCGAUGUCUACAAGAAGGUCCAGGACUCUGAAAUCAGUUUUCCGGCAGGAGUGGAAGUUGAGGUUUUAGAGAAGCAGGAGAGCGGUUGGUGGUACGUCCGCUGGGGCUUAGAGGAGGGCUGGGCUCCCUCUUAUUACCUUGAACCAGUCAAGAAGGUGGGUGAUCCAAGUGUUCUGGAAUCAAAUGGACAAAGGAAUAGUGGAAAAAAGUCUAACAGCCUGGAGAAGAAUGAGAAGCAUGUUUUAGCCCAGAAUAACAUCAACAUUCAGGGUCUGACCCAGCAGCACCAAGGAAUGAGAGGAAAUUCUCCUCCAAUUCCUUCCAAGCCCCCCGGAGGCUUCUCCAAACCCUCUGGACUGGUUAAUGGAGGUGUACGGAUGAGAAAUGGUGUACGGCAGGUGGCAGUCAGGCCUCAGUCUGUUUUUGUGACCACAUCACAGACCUCUAAGGAUUCCCACUACAUGACUGGUUCCUUACGGAGAAACGAGUCCCUCGGCAGGAGUGACCGCUACAGCUCUGGUUCUGCCACUCUCGGAGUUCGCAGAAAUGCCUCCUUCAGUACUGUACGACCCCACGUUGUUGUCGAAAGCCAGACGAGGCCAGUUGAGCGCUCCGGUCUGGGAUGCUCAGGAACCGCCUUCAGCACCUCCAAUGUCCCUGAUGCCUUGAGCAGAGUGAGCCAGCGCAACGGGAUCCCAGUGUCCACAGUGCGUCCCAAGCCCAUCGAGAAGAGCCAGCUCAUCCACAAUAACCUCGGCAGGGAUGUGUACGUGUCCAUCGCAGACUAUCGUGGCGACGAGGAGACUAUGGGCUUCACUGAAGGAACAUGUCUAGAGGUUCUGGAGAGAAACCCCAACGGAUGGUGGUAUUGCCAGGUGCAGGACAGCCUGCUUCCCCGCAAGGGAUGGGUCCCAUCUAAUUACCUGGAGCGGAAAAAAUGAAACCCAGUCCCCAUAUAUGAUGUCUCCAUAGAGCUGUGGGCCGUGAGUCCCUAAGAAUGUUACCCCCAACCUCCCUUAAGCAAUAUGUCCUUGAUAAUGUACACUUAUGAAAAGAUGGAGGAAAUAGGAAAGAAGACAAUAAUUUUUUCAGAGAAUGAGAGAAAAAACAGAACACCUCUGAAGCAGAAAGGCAGAGAAAAACAUUGACAUAUUAAGGGAGAGGUUUUGAUUCUGCAGAAGCCAAGCAGGAUACUGGCUUUGCUGAUUAUGAUGGCCAAUAAGUGCCUUUUGUGUUUGAUCACCUGAUGGCAGAACUUUGAAUCAACCAAAUCUUUCUUCAAGAGUGCCAUAGUCCUGCGAACACCACCAAGAGUUUUACUAUUACUGCUUCAGAGUUCCAAGCAUCCUGAUUCCAGUUCUUGAUCAAACAGAUUGAAGAAGACGACUAUGAAAUCUCUCUUUUUUAUGUCUGUUUCAUUGUCACGUUUUGAUGCAAGUCUUCCUCUGAGAAUUAUUUCUGCCGUCUUGGAACAUCUGUUUGAAGUUCAAACUAACUCUGAACAAACAAGUUGACCUAAACUGGUGCGUACAUUCCUCAAAUAUGUGAUAAUAUUCAAAUGUGUAUUUAAUGACGUGUAAAAACUUGGAAGUUGGAUAUUUAGUUUUUUAACGUAUGACUUUUAGACCAAAAUUCCAGACAAAACAAUUAGCUUACAAAGAUUUUAGCUCCAGAAAAAUCUGUUCCUGUAUGUGUUUUGUUUCAUGUAUGUAAUAUAAAGCUGCUGUCACUGCAACAUGUGAAAUAAAUCCCAGGGACACGCUCAAAAUGUGAUCACACCAAACAGAAACAGCUUUUCAUUGGCAAAAUGAACAUUUUCUACUUUAACUGUUAUUUAUGGAAAAAAUUAACAGGCUUUUAAUUAAAAAUAUUUAAAACAUUUUCUGUUCCUGGAAGAACAUGUUUUCACAAAAUUAAAGAAAAAUGGAAACAAUAUGUAAAAAAACCAUAUUAGUAAUGCUGUCCAAUAGAGUUUUAAUAACUAAUUUUAAUGUUUUGAAUCAUUUUUAUUCGACAAGUAUCCCAAUAUCCUGCAAAUAAAACUGUGCAAUUAUGGACAAAAGUAUCAAUAAUUCCCCGUGAAACAUCAUAUUCAGAGUUAUAGCUAAACUUUCAGAUUUGUAAUCAACGGAUGUUCAAGACAGCUGAAAUACAUUUUCUGACCCACUUUAGGCUUCAUGUGUAUUUUAUUUUAUUAUGUUUCUGCUGGACAGUAUCAUAAUCUCUAACAGAGUACAUAAACUGCUCAGAGUCUAUUUUAAUGAAACCAUAAAGUUUUUUCUUUGCUCUGUGAUUGCACAACGGCAGUAACGAGGAACGAAGUGAUUCUGUUUUGGGAAAUUAGUGCACUUUAAAACUUGUUUUGUGGUGCAUUAAUAUAAAGAUGCAGUAAAUACUCAGCAUAUUAUUUAUUCAAUUUCCUGUCAUUUUUAUUUAAAUUUGCAGCUCAAACUCUUGAUGUGAAAGUCAGCUGUUUUGGUACAAUUGGCGAAACAGAGACCUCAUGUGGAGGUUGAGAGGUACUACAAGAUUUUCUACCUCAGUGCAAGAAUAAAAAUGCGCUGCUGGUCAGUGAGUAUCUCACAAAUUUUACUUUAUUUUUCAAUCAUAGUGCAGCUAAAUUUACUAAAUUGAUUUGUUACUAUUUAAUUUUGUAUCAGACAAUAAUUUAUUUUUGCAUUUCUUUAUGCUGUGGGCUGCAACUUUAGCAAAGCACGAGCACUUCCUUCAUCUUUAUUGGACUUUACAUAAUGCCUGAUUUAAAAGAAUAUUUAUUAUGAGGUUUUUAUGAUUUUACAAUCAGCAUAUUCACCCUUUCUAAGGAUCUAUUCAUCAAAUAAUUAUCUGGGUCUCUACCUCAAUCAGAGUUCAGAUAUCUUGAAGAUUGUUCAUGAGUAAUGGAGAGGGAGGUGAGAGCUCUGCUCCAGGCUGCUGAGCUGAGUUGAGUUGAGCUGGGAGGUGAAGAUCUUGAUUUUGUUUUCCUUCCACCUUCCAUCCUUCAUUAGUUAUGGAUCAUCACUGAAAUGAACAAGACACAAGCAUUCACUCCAGUAGGGGAUUUCCAGGGUACAGCACCUUAAACUUAAUACUAAGACAAGUUAACGAAUAAAUUUUUUACGUUGUGUCCCAUUACAACCACAAAUCUCAGUUUCUUUAUUGUUUUUUUUAUGUUGUAGACCAACACAGUUUGGUGAAUAAAUGUAAAGUGGAAGGAAGUAAAGGGCAGGAACAUCAUGUAUAGAGGCUCCGAGUCUUCGAGAUGAUCGGCUCCUCAGGAUUACUGUUAUACGUCGAUUUCCUCUACUGUAUGUCCAGUUCUUCCUCCCCAUCUACUAAAGACAAAAGUAUUCUAAUGCCACAAAAUUAGAAAAUCUAAUUUUGCUGCACUUACAAUAAGUUUUAAAAUCAGUCGGGUUGGAAGGAGAGCAUCUUUGAUCAUUUCUCAUGCCUUGUCACAGAUUUGCUGAUGGAUUUAGGUCUGGACUUUGACUAGGCCAUUUUAGCACAUAGACAUGCUUUGAUCUGAAUGAUCACUGUGGCUCUAACAUUAGAGUGGUUGUAUUGCUAGAAAGUGAACUUCCUCCCCAGUGUGAAAUCUAACAACCCAACCAGCCACAUGACAAUCGGGAUGAUGUACUUUAAUCUUCUGCCGCACAAAGUUUGGUAGUUUUGUUUGCAGGUCAGGAAGUUGGACAUUGUCUGACUUUAUCCAAGCAACUUCUUCCAUUUUCAUCCAUUUCCAUUAAGGUUUGUGGCUGUAGUGUGACACAAUGCAGAUGAAAUGUUGCUGUUACCUCUGUGACCCGAACCCAGAUGAAUUCUGCUAACUUAAAGGAUAACAAGCGUUGAUGUUUCAUUAGUGCACCCAGAGUGAGGAUGCUGAUUGGUCCCUUUAUGACAACGGCAUUAUGUAAAUGUGUUGAAUCACUUCAGCUCAUGUUAUGACUGCAUACUUCUUCGUUUGAUUGCUCUGGACCUUUGUUCAAGGGAAUCCUUCUGUACCAAAUCUACAUUUGCCUGUGCAGCAUUUAACUAUGCUUUAAAAAUUUUUUCUGUGUUUUAUUUUUCAAAAGUUGAAAUGUACCCGUGAGGAUAUGUGCAAUAGACAGAAACAGCGCCACAGAUGUAAAAAAAAAAAAAAAAAGAAAAGAAAAGAAAAGAAAAAAAAAAUCUGCUGGGGAUGGACGUCCUGGAUCAAACCGAGGCCCUGAAACACAUCGGACCAAAGCGGGAGGAUCUCCACUGAAACCCGAUCCGGAGUCACAUCACAUCCAUCUGGCAGCGGAGAGCCAGGGGCCCCGUCUUCAGGGGCCUUCAGCGGCCCCGCUCUGAGCUGUCACGUUCGUGCCUGACUGGAGUUUUGAGAUUUUUGUGUGUUGUUGUUUUUCCUCGCCCUCGGGAGCGCGUCCUCCCUCUCAACCCACAGGAGCGUCUCUGCUGACAUUCCCCCCCUCCCUCGCUGUCAGACCCAGUCAGACCUCCUCGCCGCCGUUCGCCACGGUAAAGGUGACAUUUGGAAGCGUAGGUGAUGGCGCGCUCGCUGACGUCAGCCGGAGAGUCUUUGCAGUAAACAAGAGACCUGAGAGACGAAUCCUCCUCCAGGCCAUUUCCACUCCAUCCAUCAUCUUCCAGGAUGUUCACCAAACAGAAAAAUCUGUUGUUUUUCUCAGCGCAGAGCCCCCAGCAGGCCAAACUGACGUGCUCUAGGUCAGCGCAUGCAGCUCUCCGUCUCGUUAGGGGCUAGAAAGCCUUCAGUUUGAAUACUUUAAGUCAAAGUUAAGGAAUAAAUCUGCUGCUGAGAGUUAAAUGAAAAGCUUGAGCUCUGGAGCGAAUGUUGUAGAUGUCUAAUCUUUCAGCUUUGGAGCUUUAUAGUUUAAAAAAACCUGGAAAAAACAACUAAAUCAGAUUUGAUUUUACCAGAUUAAAUCUGGUAAAAGUUUAAACUUGCUGGGAAAAAAAUAUUAUUUUAGAUCAAUUCCUGCUAAUUUGAAGUGAAAAGCUGCAGUUUCACCUUAAAACUUAAAAAAUGUUGAAAUAAUGUAUUCGUUCUGGGAUUAACCAUGUUUGUGGAGAAUAAGGCCACUGAAAAAGGGAAAUCCUUGAUUUUUCUCAGCAGAUUAAAGUCAAAACUCUGAUUAGGGACUUACGUCACACCCAGCUGAACAAUGUUUCUGUUGCAUUUUGUUGCCAGUGUUGUUCAAAAUUUCUAAUUUCCAAUUUGGAAAAAUCAACUUAAACAUCCCUGAAGACUUGAAUUGUUAGAAAUUGAUUUUUUUCUCCUUUGCCUUUGAGAUAAUCUCACACUCAGUUUAACUGGGUUUUAGUUGAAAGUUGGAGAAAUUGUGGGAUUUUUAUUCUGUUUAGUUGCUCUUGUGUUGGUUUGCUUCCCAGUAAAUCAUCCAGUCUUUCCAGUGUCUGUUCUGGAAAAUGUUAAUUAGUGUCUGGAUACGUAAACUGCACAUAAAUAAACCGUUUAUUAGAUUUGGGGUUUUUUCCCCAGAAACUAUUUACAUAUUCCAGAGGAAUUACAGCUUCCAUCCGAAACACGCUUCGGGAUUAUUCCCAGAUCCGACUGGAUCCUGGAUGCUCCACUGUUUUCAGGAAGAUCCUUGGAAAAUAAGUUAGACUAAAAUAUCAGCACAGGUCAGCAUCAUGUUGCGUUGGUUUUAUGAACCACAGUCUGAAUAUUUGAGAAAAUUCAAUGUUUGCUUUUUUUGUUCUUUAGCAAAUUGUUACAUUUCUAUUUCAGACUUUCUAAAACUUCAGAAAUCCCAUUUUGUGCAGCUCUCCUGUAGUUCCCUCUUUGAUUCUUUUUUUUAACCUUCAACUUGGCUGCCGGUCAAAUUGACCCGAUGAGUAUCUAUGUAAAAAGUAGAAGCAGGAGGUGGUGCAAAUGUGUGAAAUGAAUACAUUUUCAAUUUAUAUGUAGAGUGCACCUAUUAAGACAAACAGAAAAAGUUUUAUGCAAAAAAAAAAUACUUCCAACUAUUUAAAAAAAAAAAAAAAAACGGGUCAAUUUGACCCUCAACAUAACAGGAGGGUUAAGCUGCUCGUCUAACUCUCAGCAUCAUUCUGGAACAGACUUUUUAUCCGAGCGUCUCUCAGCAGCAGGAACCUUUUUUUAAACAACAUUUACACAGAAACGUUUGUGGACCUGAUGAGGAUCUUUGGUUUCCAGAUCCAUCUGGACGUUAUUGUUCAUUUAAAAACAGCUUGAUGAAACGCCACACUUCCUCCACACAGCCAAGUUUCCUCUUCCUCUUGAAAUGUCCUGGUUGUCUCAGAAUGUUGACAGGAUGUGUGUUUCAGAGCAGGUGUGUUCAGGUGAAGGAGGAUGCAGGGAGAUGUGAGGUGAAAGCAUAUUGGUCAGCGUUUGAAUCAGAUUUAAUUUCAGGUUCUGCGUCUCCCUGAAGUGUUUGAGGAGGUUUUUUGGGAAACAAUAGGUGUGAGCCGGUCUCUUCCUUCGCUUUGCUCCUUUCUUGUUUUGUUCAAAGGAAAACUGAAGGUGUUGAAGUGGAUGUGGAAAGUUUCUUUGCAUGUAAUGAAGACAAGUUUGUGGAAGGAGGGAGUGUUGGUGGUGAGAGGAGCAGGUUUGGUUGGACAGGUUUAGGAAGUGAAGGUUGAGGACGAUUCUGCAGGUUUUUAAUUUACUUUCUGGUUUAGUUUAAGAGAUCGAGAAGAAGGAGGAAGAGGAAGAGGCUGUGUUGAGGAAUGAAGCUCGCUGCUGUGGCUGUUUUCAUCUGAGGCCUCGGUGUAACGAGGACAACGGUUCAUCUUAAGUAAAGUUGAGUGUGAGUGUAUCCCAGAUGUCCUGAUCAGUCAGAGAACAGAGUUCAUCUCCUCCCUGCUGUGGAACGCAGAGUGCCAAAAAAUCCCACCGGAUAGUUCCUGCAGAUCGGAAAUCCUGCUCUGUAAAUCCUGACGGAGAACCAGUUUACCAGCCAUGCUAACAAACAACUGCAGGCCUUCAGUUGGACCAAACGAGGUGCUACUCUUCCAUGUUCCCUCUGUUUUCUUUCUCUGCGUUGGGUUAAAGCCUCGGCGACUCCUUGUUUUCAGAAGACGUGCCAUGAGGACUGAAAGUCCGGAUGUUUUCCGAUCUGAGACCUUCCCCUUUGAAAACAGGGCCGUUUCUUAUCUCCAGCUUCAUUUUGAUGAGUCUCGAUGUCUUUCUCUUGUUUUGUAUCUUCUACAUGUUUACAUUGUAUCUGCCCAAAAGAUAAACGAUAUUAAAUGUAUUAUCUUUGCUGUUUUCA